AUGAGCUACAACUGGAACCACGUUAUCGACUCGCUCGCGCCAAGCAGCAGCUCGGCCGCACCCCGCCGCCCAUCCCAGGAGCGCUCCCCACACCCUCCCCACUCACCCACCCCGGGCCAAUCGACCUCGCCCUCGCGAUGCGUGUGUGAAUCCCACCCGGUCCUCUUACAGCCUCUGCCACCUUCCUUGACGCUGGAAAAGGAAUCACGGGCCCAGUCGGAACUCGAGCUCGACCGCCAGGCAACCCAGCGCCGGCGGGAACGCGAGCUGGCCGAAGCGCUGCAAGACGCACACCACGAAGUCGAGCGGAUCCAGGCGCGCGAAGAGGUGGGAACGUGGGCCCGGCUGAGGCAACGCGUGCAGCGCGGGAGCGUCAGCGAGGCGUCCAAGGCUGGCAUGCCGUUUGUCCACCCACCACAGGCGUACGAACUGUACGCGGCCAUUGACAACCACAACCUCGACUACAUUGCGCGUGUGCGCGACCAGGCCUUCAACCUGUUACUCCAGAAACACGGCGGCGAGUUUCCGAUCGUGUAUGCGAGCCGAAUUGGGCCCACGCACAGGGACGUGGUGAUUCUUCUCGUGGGCGCGUUCUCGCGCUAUGUCAACAACCUCGACGAAGACGACUUUAAGAAGAAGGAGACGCUCAACACGCUCAAGGCGUUGCGCGCGAAUGUGGGUUUGUCCUCUAGUGACUGUGCUAACCCGCGCCACCAGCUCAAACUCGCCAUUGACAACGCCCUCGCCACGGCCACAGGCACGUCCCAGUCCAACCUCCUCUCGUCGUACAUGCAGGUUCUGAUCAUGUCCGAGGGCGACUCGUGGAUCCACCGCUCGACCCACGACCUCGGUCUCGUCCUGCGGUCGCCCGAUUCGAGCCCUCUGGCCGAAGCAGAAUCAAUGGUACGCAAGUUUGCGACCAAGGAACUGCGCGGCGUGACGGGCGGCGUGUCAGAUGUCGAAGACUAUAUUGCCAACGCGACGCUCGACCUCGUCAUCAUGGCCGCGUGGAGCGUGGCGGCAACCCAGAUGGAUGUAGAGCCUCUCCCGACGUACACAUUCGCCCGUGACCUGCGUACAUGGCAGAUGCUCAACGAGGCCAUGGAUGAGAACAAGGACAAGCUCAGCAAGGUCACCAGGCGCGUGCGGCACGUGCUCGAGGCUGUAAUCGAGUAUGGGGGGGACACGAGGCAGGGUGUGCGUGGGAGGUUGCGCGACGUCAAGGAACAUGUGGACAGGCAAUGA